AUGAAUUUUAAAGGCAGUGAGAGAUUUUCUUGUUUGGAAGCCUACGUAACUUUGACGUCUAAGAGCUCAAGAUCUACUUAUGAAACAGAGAUUUUGAAGAUGUCAGAAAGACAUUCAGGUCAAGGUCACUCUGGAGCAGGAAAUGAGGUGGACUCUCCUACUAUCAGUUUCAAGUACUCCAGCUUCAGAGGUUUUUGUUCCACAUCGUCAUUUCAAGAUAGUGGCUACAGUGAGACGUUAAAAUCUUGCAGCUUUGAUAAUACAGAUAAAGAAUUUUUUGGAAAGAAAGAAAAAGACCCCACAUUAAUCCAUGAGAAUCCUGAACCCUCAAGUCUGGGCUUAAUACAUCCUGUAGUGUCUCCCACUCAAGAAAAGAGGAUUGUCUUCCCCAAAAAGGAAAAAGAUAAAACCCCAGAACUUUGUGAAACUCCUAAAGUCACUGGAAAAAAGUUUUUACUGCGCAGAAGGUUGGACAUAUCUUUCUCUCUUCUAAAGGGGGAUCUUGAAUCACAAAAGAGUUCUCUAGAAAAUAAUAAAAGCCAAGUUCUCAACUUACAAAAAAAUAUUCCAAGUGGUGCCUCAUGUUUUCCAAGACAAAAUAAUUUUAGUCCUUUAGUUUCUAGUACUUUGAAAACAGAAGAAUCAACUUCCAGUAGUCAAAAAUUUAGACUCAAUUUUUCUCAACAAAAGGCUUCCACAAUUGAUGAUUCCAAAGAUGACUGCAGCCUGUUUGAGGUUGAAUGCAUAUCCCCAAUUCAGGGGGAUAGUUUUAAAGACUCUAUCACAUUUGAUCUCACUGACAGCAGUCUGUGUGUUAACGAUGAGAAUAUGUAUCCUGAACUUCUGCGCUCCUCUGUUAGUGGAACAACAUGUGAAACAGAUGAGGACAUAUUUGUGACCCCAGUAAGUAAUCUUGUGGCAAACAUUAAAUUUAAAGCAAGUCAAAGGUUUUCUCCUUCAAUUGAAGUGAGAGGUUGUAUUUCAACACCUGAAGACAGUGGUUUUAACUCACUUUGCUUGGAUAAAUCAGAAGAGUCCUCAUCUGACCAGGAGGGUUCUUUUCAAGAACUACAGAAACACAAAGGAACUCUCAAAGUGGGGGACAAAAAGUCAAGGCGUCUUGGAAGGUUGAGAAGACUGUCUACCCUUCGGGAGCAAGGCUCACAAUCUGAGACAGAAGAGGAAAAGCAGAUCCACUCUGGUUCUGAAACAACACCAGCAGCUGCUUCAGACAUUUCAGAGAGUCAGCCAAGCAGUGAUGAUAAGAGUGGGAACUUGAUUUUAAGCUUUGAAAAUUUAUCAAAGACCCCAGCCUUGCAAUUAAUGCAUGAGCUCUUUUUGAAGAACAAAAGGAAAAGAUUCCAGCAAAAUGCGUCACGUGAAUUCUCAGAAGAAAGGGAUGGGGGGAAAAUAGCUGUACUACAGUAUGUACUUGCAGGACUGAUUGGUAAGAAAAUGGGUCUAGAAAAAUUGGACAUCUUAACAGAAUUAAAAUACAGAAAUUUAAGGCAUGUUCUUGCUAUGGUUUUAGAUUCCUUGACUGCAGAAAGCCUAUGCAGUGUUUGGAAAGUGAGCAAAAAUUGGCGUGAAAUUAUUGUUCAAGAUAAAAAAGCAAAUCAGAGGAGGAAAUUUUACAUUGCACAACUGAAAACAGAAUCUGAGGGGACUAUAUUAAAUGUUGAGGAUGCUGCCACUCGGCUCCAUCUUUUAAAUCGAUCAGCCUUAAGAUCUGUACAAGCUCAGGCUAGAACACCAGGUUUUCAGAAAGAACAAGUUUCAACAUUUUCUCCUUGGGGAGAAGUUUUGACACCUAUAGCAAGCUCUUCUGUUACUCACUUACAUAGUAAACAGGAAGAAUAUGUUAAGGUUGCCAAAACACUUUUUAUUGAUGAAGCUUUAAAACCUUGCCCAAGGUGCCAAUCCCCUGCUAAGUACCAGCCAUAUAAGAAAAGGGGACUUUGUAGCCGCACAGCCUGUGGUUUUGACUUUUGUGUGUUAUGUUUAUGUGCUUAUCAUGGGUCUGAAGAAUGUAGUAGAGGAGCAGCAAAGCCAAGGAAUAGAAAAGAUGCUCUUCCAGGAAGUGCCAGGAGUAAGCAGAAUUUAAAACGCCUCUAAAGAGACUUUAAGUAUAAAAGAAGCAUUCCCUCUAAGUAACAUUUUUUUGUCUGACUUAAAAUUAUGAAUAUUUUGAAAGCAUGCAGAUUUUCCCAUUAAUGACAGAUGAUGAUUUAUUUCCUAUUUUGUAAAUAUAAUCCAUGUCAUUGUAUGUUUUCUUUAAAGUGGUGAGUUUUGAAAAUAUUUUACUAUGUCAU